AAGAUAUUCAUAUGCCAACGACUUGCUAAUUUCCCAUUACUCGCCUGCACAGCAGAUUGGUCACACACAACCCAUAAUCAAAUCCAAGAAAAUACACACAAACACUCCAAUAUUCAGUGAAUUGGGUCAGUAAGUGAUUGAUGCAAUGAAUGAUAAGCGAAGCAAUGGGGGAAUUACAAAUGGGGUUGAUGAUGAAUUGGGUGUGAUUUUGGGUUUAGAUGGUGGCACUACCUCUACUAUUUGUGUUUGUAUUCCUUUUUCCGGUCAACUCGCCGACCCAGUUCCGGUUCUUGCCCGGGCAGCUGCUGGCUGCUCUAAUCACAACAGUGUUGGAGAAACAGCAGCAAGAGAUACAUUGGUACAAGUUAUGAGUGAGGCCCUUUUGAAAUCAGGAUCAAAGAAAUCAGCUGUUCGAGCUGUUUGUUUAGGUGUGUCUGGUGUCAAUCAUCCAGACGAUCAAGAAAGAAUAUUAAAUUGGUUGAGGAACAUAUUUCCAAGCCAUGUUAAGCUAUAUGUUCAGAAUGAUGCCGUGGCAGCUCUUGCAAGCGGGACUAUGGGAAAACUUCAUGGCUGCGUUCUUAUAGCAGGCACAGGGACCAUUUCUUAUGGAUUCACAGAAGAUGGCCGAGAAGCUCGUGCUGCUGGUGCGGGCCCUAUAUUGGGUGAUUGGGGCAGUGGAUAUGGAAUUGCGGCAAAAGCCUUGACUGCAGUUAUUAGGGCUCAUGAUGGCCGUGAUUCACAGACAAUGCUCACUGAUAGGAUUUUACAGACUCUUGGUCUUCCUUCUCCAGAUGAACUCAUAGGGUGGACCUAUGCAGAUCCAUCUUGGGCAAGAAUUGCAGCGCUUGUUCCAGUAGUUGUAUCUUGCGCUGAAGCUGGUGAUGAGAUUGCAAAUCAAAUUCUAAAUGACGCAGUGCAAGAACUGGCUUCAAGCGUUAUUGCUGUUGUCAAGCGACUUGGCAUGGGCGGGCAAGAUGGGAAUUCGUAUUUUCCUAUUGUAAUGGUUGGCGGUGUCCUGGAAGCUAACAAAAGGUGGGACAUAGGUAAAGAAGUUAUCAACUGUGUAUUGAGGACCUACCCUGGUGCAACUCCAGUUAGACCAAAGGUUGAUCCUGCUGUUGGGGCAGCUCUACUGGCUUGGAAUUACUUAACGAAAGAAGCAAAUGGGGAAUACCAUAGACAGCCAUAGUGGAAUACGAUAAUAGUGUAUAGUUACAUCGGACGAAAUUUAAGAUUGAUCUGCAGUACAGAUAAUGUUAGGUGCUUGCGGAAUAUACUCAAAAUGUGUAUUUGGUGUGUAAGCACAGGGAAGUAAUACACAAGCCAAAACGUGGUGUUUUGAGGAUUAGUUGAAGGCAACAUCUAUCAACUUGUUUGUGAA